UUAGAAGAGCUACUGCGUUGUCGUUGUUUACUUAUUGUCCACUCUGUAUUCUUAAAUGAUUUUUAAAGGAUGUAUUUCAUCUGGACUAUAUAUGAUCGAGUUACAGUCUUUUGGUUUAGUGUUUAUCUAUUUUAAUUGCCACUCUGAUACAGGGGGCAAUUGGAAAAAUUAGGAAGUAUAAGUAUGUUGUCCAAAAGCUAAGAAAAAACAGCACUUACAAAUUUGAACUUACAAGCUGUCGUGACAAUCAAAAGACAGAUUUUUUUCCAGGGAUCUUGUGGCAUCAUGGGGGUUCAGGGUUUCACAACUUACGUGGAAGGAAACCCGCAAUAUUUUAUUGAUGUGAAGUUAUGUAACACCAGGCUUGUUAUCGAUGGCAGCAGUCUGUACCACAGACUUUACUUGGCUACAGGCUUAGAUCAAAAGCAUGGAGGAGACUAUGACUCCUUUGCAGACCGCAUCCGGCAUUUUUUCAGGGCCCUUGCCCAGUGCAACAUACGCCCUUUUGUUGUGCUGGAUGGUGGGAUCGAUCACACUGACAAGAAGUUCGAAACUCUUAAGCAGCGAGCCCAGAGUAAGAUCAAAGGGGCCCACGCCCUGGCAACAGGAUCCUAUGGGAAUGUCAUACCAAUCCUCUCUAAAAACGUCUUCAGACAGGUCCUCUCCAGCCUACAUGUGCCAUUUGCUCAGUGCAUUGCAGAGGCUGACUGGGAAAUAGCUUCCCUGGCUAAUGAAUGGAAUUGUGCAGUGCUGACAAUGGACAGCGACUUCUACAUCUUUGACUUGAAGGCAGGAUGCCUUCCCAUUCCUUUAUUUCAAUGGAAUAGAGUGAAGACUUGUGAGAGGACCUCUGAGAGAUACAUCCCUGCCCGGCUCUUUUCCAUCAACAGAUUCUGUAUGCACUUCAACCACAUGAAUAAAGAACUCCUCCCAUUGUUCGCUGCCAUGGCAGGCAAUGAUUACACCAACAUGCAGGUGGCAAUGGAGACGUUCUUUACCAGGGUGACUGUAACGGAUGGGACAGGGCACUCCAGCAAGAGGACUCACCGCAUCCAUGACCUCCUCCACUGGCUUUCUCAGUUCUCAGGACCACAGGAGGCCCUGGAAGGGGUUCUAGUGAUCCUUGAAGGGACCUAUAGCAGGAACACUGUUCGUGCUGUCCUUUCUUCUGGAAUGGAGGAGUAUAGGUUGUCUUCCAGCAACCUGGUCCAGUUCUUCGAGGAGGGAGCACCAGUGUCCAAUCUGCCAGAGCCUGUUAGGGCGCUGCCCCCAUGGGUACUCCUGGCACUGGCUAAGGGACAGCUGGCCUCUUGCAUUCUCAAUGUGCUGCUGUUGCAGAGGGUAAUGUUGAAAGUUCAGGUGGAAGAUUUCCGGCUGCCUAGUUGUCAUGCAACCUCACAGCCCAUUCGACAGGUCCUUUAUGGACUGUUGCUUGAUGGGAAACAGGCACAGGCCAGUAGCAAGCCUGACAGGAGGUUGAACCCCAUGGACACGGGUGCAUCUUACUUUGUGGAAGAGUUUGAGAGGAAGGAUCUGCAACUGAGGUCCUCUUCUGUUCCAGCUGUCCCAACACAACUUCAGCAUCUGCCUCUGGAGAAACUGAAUGAGGCACCGGUGCUGCUCCGACUCCAGGUUCUUUUGAACACACUGGGGGUAAAUUCAUCUGUCUUGAAGAUGGUGCCAUCUCACCUCAGCUUGCCCAUAUGCGUUACUUGUUAUUGGCUGACUCAUGCCCAGCCCACACCUGACCUGCAGCAUCUUCAGGCCUUGCUGCUGGGAUUGGUCUAUGGAGAGCUCAGUAGACUGAGACAACAAAAUGAAUCGGCGGCAGAGAGUCCGGAGCUGCGGGCAGUCCGGCAGAGGCUGGGCCGUGUGCGGGUGCGGGCGACGGGGAAUGGGCUUGAUCUGAGUGUGGCGCAUGCCUUCAGCCAGUGGCAGUCCUGUCUGCGGUUUAGCCUGAUGCUGAACCAGCUACUUUGCUUUCCUCUGCCAAAGCCUGCAUGUGCCUGGCUGUACAAGGGAACACUGGUGCAUCAGGUCGUGCGUGAUUUCAGAGGAGGAUGUGACCCCGAAGCACUGCUGGAGGGACCCCCUUUUCCUAAGCAGCUCUUCAGAGACCUGCUGGGGGCAGUGCAGAAUUCUGUGGACAUAGAUGUCUUCACACCUGUCAAGAGGAGGGGGGGGCGACAGAGACUGACACAAGAGAAGCAGCAGCAGCACCCUCAGCAGCCACAAAACAGAAAGCACCAGAAGCAGAAAAAGCAGCAGGUGCAAAAGCAGGAGCAGCCACACCAGCAGCGUGUAGGGAGGGGACGCAGGCCCGUGGAGGAAGCCAAACCCAUCCAGGACCUGAACAACAGGUUUAAAUUACUGGCGUGUGAGGAUGAUGACGAUCAUGAUGAUGGCUGUGAUGAUGAGUAGGAGGUAAUUGCUCCAAUAUACCAAUUAUAAUGACAACAGGGCAAAGUAUCUGUGCUAAAUUAAAACCAUGUUAGUCCCAAAUUUGGGACUAUGGCUACUUCAUUUAGUUGACUCUUUAAAAAACUUCUUUUAAAUGAUAUAAUCUAUACAGUUGACUCUUUCCAACUACAUAUUCAGAACAGUUGUGAUCUUGUGCACUAAACCAGAGUAUGCAUUUGCCAGAACUUGUAAGGACUGUGGAGUCUCUUUUGAUCCCAGGUGUAGAUGUGAAUACCCACCUCUUCAGGCUGUUUGUCACAUUUCAUCAGUCCCAUCUCCAAUCUCACACUGCACUUCUACUGUAGCACUUUAAAUAACUAAUUAACCAAAUGUAUAUCUAUGUUCACCUGUAUGCAAUCUGAGCAUUAUCUUAGCAGUGAACUUGUGUUGUUUUCAGGUCUGUUUGUUGUCUACAGUCAUGCCUUGUUAGCUGCAUGUUACUCUAUAGUAUAAUGGCUAUGUAAGUCACUUUGGAUAAAAGUUUCUCCCAAAUUAAUAAAUACAAAUGUAGGCAAAGUCAGCUGGGACUAACAGCUGGCAAUACAAUGAAAUCUGCCAUCAUUGACUAUUGGACAAUUAUUUGGGGUUUGCUGUAUGGCUAACCCCCACCACCGGUAAUAGUUAGGCCAAUCACUGUUUACCAAUGGACCACAUUCCUCUCAUUUAUUUUCUGAUUAAAUAUAGCUAAAUUGUUUAAUAAUUU